AUGUUACCAACAGAAGUACGGCCCGUGACUGACAACGGAGAUCUGGAGAAGAUUGUCGACAUCGAGGAGAGAGCAUACGGAGCGUCCUCACCAUUGUUACAACUGAUGUUCCCCAAGUCGUCCACUCUAUCCCCCGUGACUCUUCGAAGUUCAAAGGUCGCCAGACAUAAUCACGUCUGGCAGUCGGACUCGACAGUACGGUAUAUCAAAGCGAUUACAUACGAAACAUCUCUUGAUGGUGCGAUAUCCGAACGCAUAAUCGGCGCAGCCGUAUAUCACGUCUAUAAUUUCUUCCAUACAGAUUAUGACCGAAAUCCAUGGCCGCGCUGUCCAAAUGAAGUUCCCGAAGGCGCACACGAGCCUCUUUGCCUUCAUUACUUUCAAACAUUGACUAAAGCUCGACUGGACUUCACGAAGGGCGAACCACAUGUGUUCCUCGCCAAUUUGGUUGUGGAACCAAGUUUCCAAAGACGCGGAAUUGGGACAAAGCUUCUUGAUUUCAUGACAUCCGACAUCAUUGCCAGAUCUAGAGAUGAAAGUCACGAGCAGCAGCAAGGUGUUAUAGCCUGUUGGCUAGAUGCCUCCCCUGCCGGGUUAAAAACAUAUCAACGCCUUGGUUGGAAGGAAGUUGGUGCGAAGUGCUUUGACUUGGAGCCGUGGGGAGGUGGGAAAGGGCAAUUGCACAAAAAUGUACAUAUGCUGAAGUGGAUAUCUAUUUCUAGUUCUCGACGGUAG